ACUGCGAGCAGCGGUCUCGGCAAUUCUCGAUUCUCUUUCGUCAACAUUGAACCUAUCAGCCGCUACGCCGCUACAUCGUUUGAUACAGCGCAAUGUACCUCUCGUCGUCGUUGACCGUUCCGUAAUCGUUUGCGUCGUGGAAACCAUUGGCGUGUCGCGUCCUGACUGUCCUGAGUCGUCGUCGAGGAGGGACGUCGUUCUGGCUGGCGUAUCAUCGUCGUCGUCGUCGUCGUCGUUGAGACGUUGUCACACGCUGAAGACAACGGUCGCGAAUUUCCGAGCGGCUCCAUCUUUACGCAACGUUCCAAGUCCGGGGAAGCGUGAUAGUGCGUGAUAUCGCCCGUCGACGACGGGUAGCAUGUCGACGACAAUGAACGAUUCCGAGGAGUACUACUGCUUCCGGGUGUUGGAGAGCAUCGACAGCGAGGUUGGCAUCGGCAACGAGAAUAUCGUCAUCAUCCCGCGCUCGUACAACUUCGACCUGAGGAAGCUACGGACGGAGCUGUACAAGCAGUUCAGAGUGCCAAAGAACAGACGCAUCUAUUACAUCGAUGAUGACGGGGACCACGUUCCAAUCGAUUCGGAAUGCGAGUUGCACGAAGCAUUGAAGCUUGCAAAAAACGCCUUUAUGGUAAAUACAGCGAUUCCGUUGAUUGUGGGUCCUUUCCAUGUACCCACGUCGUGCAGCGACGACGAACAAUGUUCUGGAAAAAACGAGAUCUGUGACCCCAACAAAGAGUCUAGAAGUAUUAAUGAUAAUUCAGGUUCGUCCUGUACUGAGAAGAACGUCGGCUCUGCGUCGGAACCGAAUCCUGUUGAAUUAGAUAAACAGAAGCGCUCAACCCAAAAGAUACCAUCGAAUCAAAAGAAGAUGGAUGUAAAGCGAAGUGAGGAAUCGAGUGAGGAACGUACAGAAUUAGAAGACGCAGAAAUUCCAAAAAAGUCGAAUGAAACUUUGAUAAAAUGUCAUUUAGAUACUGCACCUCCUCCGUGGUUCGCAGAAUACAUGGAAUCUAUGAAAAAGGACAUGAUGUCUGCGAUCACACAUGAGGUGGUAAAAAAUGUGACUGACGUGCUGAACAAACGUUUGGAUUCCCUUGCAUAUCCCCUCCUAAAGGAACUAGGUCAAUCUCGAAAUCAGUUGUAUUCUUCUCUUCCAAAACGACAUCCUAGAUGCUCCUUCGACUCGAACGAGAAAAAUCAAAAGAGGAUGAGAUCUCAGGACGAAGAGCAGUCGAGCGAUGCCUCGAUCGAACGCGUGGACGAGCCACAAAACGUGAACACCGCGGAAGAUCUGCAGACAAAGAAAGAUGUGAUAUCCACAAUUAGUCAAGAAGUAGUGAAGGAGAUGACGGAGAUGCUGAACAAAAUUCCUCUGCAUAAAUCUGUCCCUUCGAAGAAACUCGGUCAACCCCGAACUCAGCUGCAUUCUCUUUCCUCGAAGCGAUUUGCUCGACUCUCCGAUUUGUAUUCAAGCGAGAAGAAUCAGAGGAAGAUGAGACCUCAGGACGGGGAGCAGUCAAGCGAUGACGCUUCGAUGGAAAGUACAUACGAACCUUACAUAGACAUUACGAAGUUGAAUCGACAACUGGAGCAUGAUCUUAUCGGUGCCACUCGGAUGUUUGGUGCGAACUUGAAGGAGGAAAAGAGGAAGAAGAAACAUCAACGAACUCAAAUAACCACUGACAAUCUGACCAGUGAGAUUGGCAAGGAGCAACCUACUCAAAGUAAUAAGCGGGAAGAUUUUGCUCCUCGUAAGAAGGGACCUCCACAGGUUGAUCCAACAACAUACAAUGAAACUCUGGGGAUAUUCGAGAACGAACAGCUUCGUAUGAGCUGCUCCGUCACUGGGCACCAAAUAUUAGACGAAAGUCGCCGUAGGGAGGUCCGCAACAACUCAGUCAUCGAUAAAACCAGUUUCUGGUCGUGCAAUCAAGGAGAGGAAGACGACGAUGCUUUCGAGAUCAUUCAGAUGCCCGCUUCAGACAGCAAGGAUGAAUCGCUUACGCAGCCUGAGGAAUCAGCUGCCGAGCAACGACGGCACGAUAGCAAUCGAGACUCGCCCAGCUUCGAACUUUUAUCAGAGCCACCCUCGCCUACGCCAAUAUCCACCUUCAUGCACUUUAACGAAGAGCAUUUUUCGGCGAACGAGGAAAAUCCCGAGCAACAAUUUUUCACGGAUUACAAUAUGAAUCCAUCAACGAAUUCUAUUUAUGUAGUAGACAUUCACGGUAAGAUCUACACCGAGCAUCAAUCCGCAAAUCCUGAGGAAUGCAUUAGCGCUGACUUGGAGAGACGAUCCGGUGGAGCCUACUCAUUCGUAACGGAGACCUUGCCAGUUCAAGAUACUCACUGUUCGAAGUCGUCGUGUCCAGAACAGCGAUCAAGCGAACGAAAGAACUCUCGAGAUGACGCGAGUGAUAUCCGCGUCAACGCAAGCAACUUGUACGACGAUGUGAGAAAUUCGCAUACGAGUUAUCUGACAGUGCGAACUCACUGCGACUCAAAGACGCAGUCGCAGUGUAGUUGCCAGUCGCAGACCGAUUCGAAUGAUUUCACACAGAGCUUCCACUCGCACACUACGUCGGUCACCGACACGACCGAUAUUUAUCCUGAGACCUACGGCAACGGUAGAUACGGCGAACAGGUGCCUACGACGGCAAAAGACGUACGAGAAGCGGCGACGGUGACAGCAACGGCGACAGCAACGGCGACAGUGACGACGACUCCGAAAAACGAUCACGAUGUACGUGUCGGUGGAUACUGCAAGAAGGAAACCAGGACAAACGAGCAGCAUUGUCACGAUACGGAAACCUAUCCAGAGUUUUUCAGCGCCCCGCCCAGCAGUACUCCGCAAGGCAUUCCCGUCGAUUCUUCGUACCAGUCUGGUCAAGCGAGUGGAUCUUCCAAUAAGUCGAGCCCCACUGGAGGACCGAGUAAGAUUGGCGAGCAAAUGGAGUACUUCUUUCCGGAGUCGCUAGUCCUUGCGGCCAAAGUCGGUGCGUUCGCUUUCGACACUGCAUGCGAGGUGUUUGACAAGAUACGUGCACAUGCGAGGGAGAAUUCUAUUAAACGUUGAGGUGGAGUAAAGUACGACGACAAGAAGCGUUUCUUCGCUGGCCCCCUGUCUUUGUACUAAUAAAUUACUAAUCACGAUUCUUCGUUUAUAGCUGAUAUAUUAUACUGCUAAAUAGAUCUAUUAGGCGAUGGGUAAGUAUGCAGAUCGGAUUUGUGGGCUCAAAAUAUUGUACUUUAGACACGGUGCAAUCGAAUGUGUACGGCAUGUCGGUUAUAACACUGGAAUUUCUUAGAUCACGCAGCGAAUAAAGCUAAGUUUCAUACGCCGAUUAUUAUUAAUUGAUUUAGUCAGACGUACCAAAAAUGCGUAGAAUAUCCCAUUGUUAACAGAAAAGUUUUAAUGAACACAUUGAAUCAGUAAAGUUCGUAAAAACAAAAAAAAAACGUGACACUUUGUACAUACGGGUGAUUUUUAAUUGCACGUGGUGAAGAAAAGUAAAAAAAUGUGUGUGUCCUAGAAACGAGCCAAGGUAUUCUGUCGUUAUUAAGUAUAAAUAUUAAGCGUUUAUUUAUCGCUUGAAAUUAAAAAUCACUGUAUGUAAUAGUAUUCACAGUGACGAAUUACGCUAUAUCGUAUAAUGUUAGAAUUCAUCGUAGAUGUAUAAAAUUAAUAAUUACAUAUAAUAAAAAGGUACAGGUGAAAGUGUGAAAAAGACAAAGUGGCAAUGCGAAAUAGUUUUAGAGCGUCUCGUUGAGAGAGCAGAUUGUUCGAAAGAAUGAUAUAAAAAAUUCUUUAUUACAACCUUUCCGCGUAUGAAUAAUAUUAGUGGUUAGAAAGACAGAUUAACUAUAUAUAGAUAAGUCAGUUGCCCUUGCUUUACUUGUAUAUUUAUCGAAACAAAAGGGCGAGAUACCGCAUUAUUACAUGGACGAUUUUGCAAACACAUCUGAACACGUCGCAGUUCAAUUUCGUUAAAUUUCACCAGCCUGGACAUCGAUGCAGAAACGAGUGAAAGAGUUGUUUGACAAAGACCCUCUUGAUAAAAAAAUAAAAUAAAAAAAAAUUAUCCCCCCA